CUCUACAUAAAUAUUGUAUUGAUAAGGGCGGUACUGUAUGAAGGUAUUUCUGGCUUACAACCCAAGCAAGCGGUGUGCGAACUAACAGUCUGGCAUUGAGCGAGGCUAUUAAAGCGCGGUCACAAUGCGGGGCGCUACGGUCUGGCACCUAGCCCAGAAAUCUGUCGGGCCGGCGCAACUGCUUGCACAUGUGUCUCAGUUGGAAAGCCAAGCGGUGCUGGGGCAAGGCGCGCUGACCUGUGCAGCGGUCGCUGGGGCCUCGCGGGCGCCGUGUCCAUGCGGGGCGCCUCACGACGCGUCCAUUGCCCCGGCUGGGCACCUCCAAGUCCUAACAGCAGCGGCUUCAGCAGCUUCCAACGACAUCACCGCACCUCGCAGCUCAGCACUAGUUCCAGACUCCAACAGCACCAGCUCCAGCUCCAGCUGCAGCUACAGCCAUCACCGCCACCACCAGCACCACUUGCAGCCCUACGCCCAGCGCCACUUCCGCACCGCCGCACCGCCGCACGCCGCCCACCCCUCCAGCCCGGGCGCCGCCGCGGCACACGACCCCGACGCGGCUGGCGGGCGCUCGCGUGAAGCAGCCCAUGAUGACUACAGCUAUGACGACGAUGGGCGUGACGGCUCACACGAAUACGGCCACGAAUCUUCUGCAGAAACGCAGGAGCAGGACAGCCAGCUGGAUCGGGACCGGGCACUGAAGCGCGUGCUGCGCUCUUCCAAUGCGGCCGAGCUGGCCGCAGUGCACUUCUUCUCGGGCGCCGCGGCGGUGCUGCCCCGCGCGCGGCCCGACGCCGCCUUCUUCGCGGAGCAGGAGCAGGGCGCGGCGGAGGAGGUGCGCCGACUGCUGCCCAGGUACCGUGUGCGGCCGUCCCUGGUCCAGGGCCCGCUGAGCCUGGCAUCUUUCGCACUGGGAGCCGCCGCCGCCGCUGCGCCGCCGGGACUACGGCUCGCCAUCGCCGGCGCGGUGGGGGACGCGCUGACAGAGCAUUACAACGAGCAGCUGCGGCAGCUGAACGACGCAGGCGCGGCGGCACAGGCUCCGGAGGUGCGACGCGCGCUGCGCUCCCUGCGCGACCUGCCGCGAUUGCCCGACGGCGCGCCGCCUGCCCCGGACCUGGUGUCGGUCCUGCAGGAGGGCGUGGCGGCAGCAACCGCAGCCGCGGCACCGCCGCCGGGAGAUGACGGCGCCGCGGGCCCGGCUGCAGCUGCCGCGGCUGCGGCUGCGGGCGCGGCUGCGGGCGCGGCGGCGAGGGGGCCCACGGUGUUGGCGGGCGUGGCGAGGGCGCUUCGGGAGCUGGGGUUGGAGGGUGGCGUGGGGGCGGUUGUGAAGGCGGGCGCGCGCGUGGCGCUGGACGUGGCUGCAAAGGUGUAGGCGGAUCUCCGCAGCUUGCGGUUCGGCCGGCUGCUAGCAGGAGACAGUUGUGGACUGCGGAGUUAGGACGAGUUAGCUGAUAGAGGUUACAUGUGGGACGACAGCCGUGGACUAAGCCAGGGCCCCAAAAACGUACUAGACACGUACGAGAAGACUAGCC